AGUCGAUCCGCAGCCUCUCUGUCGGCUGUCGAUCCCCCUGCCGCUCCUCUCAACGUCGCUCCUCUCGCGCCGGAAAGGAGGAGGAAGCGCGUCGCAGCGUGCGCCUCUCGUUAAUUAUGCCCGUGACGAUCUGACGAUUCUCUCGAAAAUCGAGUACGCGCGUCGUACCGGCGUGAAUUCCCGAGACGGGAUGAUGUUUAAGCUAAUCGUGUCUUGUGCAUUUCUCUGCCUGUUCUGCCUGCCCUGCGGGGCGGAAAGCGGCGCGACUACCAAUCGAGGAUAUGUAUUCACCGCGCCGAGGAGAUUCUUGGCCGGCGAAACCGAGAGCGGCUGUUUGUCGCUGCACAAUCUCGAGCCGCCGGCGCACGUUAUCCUGGAGUUGCUAUCUCCGGCGGAUGCGAGCGCGGAAGACGAGGUACUGACCAGGACGAGCGGCGUCGUCAAAACAGGGAUAGAGACAUGUCUGGAACUGGCGGUACCCUUCACGAAAUACUUCAAUGGACGAUUACGAUUGAAGAUAAAGUUCGACAAAUAUCCUGACUACGUCGUGGAAAACGAAAAGGAAGUUUAUAUUGAGCACGAUUCCCUAAUCACGUUCGUCGAGACAGAUAAGCCGGUCUACAAACCCGGGCAAGAUGUGAACAUUAGAAUCCUUACGCUCAAGCACGAUUUAAAGCCCUGGAAGAAAACGAUACCAAAAGUAUGGAUCGAGAAUCCAUCCGAGGUGCGAGUGGCGCAAUGGGCCAACGUCAGUACCGAAAACGGAAUGGCGCAAAUAAAAUUCGCUCUAUCUCCGGAACCAACCCCGGGUACUUGGAAAAUUAAAGUGGAAAAGAGAAGAUCGCAACCGCAACUGAUCCACACGACCGUGUUCGAGGUGAAGAAAUACGUUCUACCGAGAUUCCAAGUGACCAUUACUUCACCGGGAUACAUUCUCGCGGACGCGGAGAAUGUUACGUGGAAUAUAUGCGCAAAAUACAGCUACGGCAAGCCGGUCAAAGGUAAAUUACUCUUAAAGUCGACGCCUCAAAUACCGACAUGGAGACGGAAGCCCAAUCUCCCGGAAAUACAUUACGAAACGGAGCUGGAUUCGCCGGAUGGCUGCACCGAAUUUGUGCUGUCGGGCGCGGUGCUCGGUCUCGCACAAUGGAAAGUGGCACCGAACAACAUCGUCCUCAUAGCUAACUUCACCGAGACCGGUACCAGCAUAGUCGAGACUACGAUCAGUCGGACCGUGGUCGUGCAUCAGGUUCUGAAGCUGGAGUUCCUACCGUACACGCCGAAAUACUUUAAACUGGGCUUGCCGUAUCACGGAAAGUUACGUGUCUCGCGGCACGACAACACCCCGGCGCCGCACGAGAAGAUCCAGCUCUGCGUGCGAGUGCGCGGUAAGGACGAGUGGCUUCGUGUAGUGGUCGAAUGCCGCAACUUCACAUCCUCGUCGGACGGUUUCGUCGACUUUGUCGUACCGCCGCCGCACAGGAACAUCGUCCUGCUGAGCUUCGUCGCGACCGGUAUCGACUAUCCCACGAAAUACUAUUCGCCGGACACGCGUUGGCGAGUCUUCAUGGAUCAACCGUCAGCGCAUAUCGAAGUGAAUCCUUGGUUUUCACCGUCGGAUAGCUAUUUGGCGAUAGCUCGGGGUUACCAACCGAUCGUUUGCGGCGAAAAGUACUCGUUCAACGUUAUGUACACGGUACCGGCGAAAAGUAAGACCAACGAAUCCAUUUCCUUCCAUUAUUCGAUCAAUUCCAAGGGGGACCUGUUAAUAUACGGUCACGUGAAACACCGACCGACCAGAGACACGGUCUUGAAUUAUUCGGAGUUCCGGAACCUGUUAGGCGCCAUCGAGUCGUCAGGAAAUAAGACCGAUCAGAGUACAAUUGCUCACAGAUUCCCUCUCAGCGUCAAGAUCACCCCGUCUAUGGCACCUGUCUCCGAAUUAUUGCUAUACUACGUUCGUUCGGACGGCGAGAUCGUCGCUACCACGUAUUCCAUCAAGGUGGGGCACUGCUUCGAGAAUAAAGUGAAGACCGCCUGGCACACCGACGCUCAGACCCCGGGGACGGCCACACAGUACCACGUGGAAGCCGCGCCCUGGUCUCUCUGCGGUAUCUCAGCGGUCGACAAGUCGACUCGUUUCUUGGCGGGCACCAAAGUGAACCUGAUCGACGCUGACGAGACUUUCGCGCAGCUAAAGAGAUUCCAUAUCGAGCCGGAGUCGCGUCCUAUUUGGUCGUGGACUCAUUGCAAAGUUUCAACGACCGAAGAGACAACCAACACGGAAUUCGAUCAUUUGCCAAUGCCCGCUUUUGAAGAAUCACCCGUGUGGGCGCGUAAAAGAAGAAGAAGAACGGUGUACAACGGCGGGCUUGUGAAUUACGUAGAUGCCAUACAGGCGUUCGAUGACUUCGGUGCUGUCGUGAUGAGCGAUCUCGUACUCGAAACGCGGCCCUGUCCUCCUCGCGGUCGCAGGGGUAGGGGUAGGUCCAGAAGCAGAAGCAAGGUACAGCUGCCAAUUCCUUUUCUCUCGGCAACCUCGGAAAUGGAAACGGACGCUGGAAUGUUUAAAAUGGCGAAGACAUUGCCCAUGGCGUAUCCGUUAUUAAAUGUGGGACCCGAGCAGGGAUAUGUGGAUCAAGCGUCCGAUCAACCUCCCCUCAGAUCUUACUUCCCCGAAACGUGGCUGUGGGAAUUAGUGCCGACAGGAAAAGAAGGCAAAGUGACGGUAGAACGUACCCUACCUCACACCAUCACCGAUUGGAUCGGGUACACCGCGUGUAUUUCACCUACGCACGGUCUUGGAAUAGCACCGCCGACGACCAUCACAGGAUUCCAACCGUUUUUCCUCGACUACAGCUUACCGUACAGCGUGAAACGUGGAGAAAUGUUGCGCAUGAAAGUUUCCUUAUUUAAUUACAUGCAACACAGUUUGCCGGUCAAGAUCAAAUUGGAAGACGCAACGGGGCUCGACUUGCAUCUGUCGCACGCAACCGCUUCGUUUUGCGUAAAACCACGAGACAGCGUGGUGCAUGAAUAUAUUCUCAGACCGCGAGUUCUCGGCGAUGUUAACAUCACGGUUUCCGCCUCGAUCGACUCGGAUUAUGCGGAACCGUGCGGCCCGGAAGUACUUGUGUAUACACGGGAUGUGAUUGUGAAGCCAAUACUGGUGCUACCGGAAGGCUUCCCCGUAGAGACGACGAAAUCCCUGUUCCUCUGUCCGAAGGACUUCAGCGACGAUUCUUUCAUAUCGUGGAUUCUCGAUCUACCCAACGAUCUGGUGCCCGAAAGCGCGAGAGCACACGUGUCCAUGAUAGGAGACAUCCUGGGUCCGGCUCUCGAGAAUCUAGACAAGCUCGUUCGCUUGCCGAUGGGAUGCGGCGAGCAAAAUAUGAUUCUCUUCGUUCCGAACAUCCACGUGAUCGGCUAUUUGGACGCGACUGGAAUUGACAAUCCGGAACUGAGAGCAAAAGCGAUAAAAAAUAUGGAGAAAGGAUACCAGCGCGAAUUAAUAUACAGACAUCCGGACGGCUCGUACUCCGCAUUCGGUCCGGAAAGCUCGGAGGACGGUAGCUCGAUUUGGCUCACCGCAUUCGUGAUCAAGUCCUUCGCCCAAGCGAAAAAUAUAAUUCACAUCGACGAGCGGGAUCUUAAGAUUUCUGUAAAAUGGAUGGUGAAGAAGCAAUUGGAGAAUGGAUGCUUCCCUGUGGUCGGCAGGGUAUUCCACAAGGAAAUGAAGGGCGGUUUGCAAGAUGACGACACUUCUUCCUCGGCAUUAACGGCUUACAUACUGAUCUCGCUCUUAGAAUCGGGCGUGCCGUUAACAGCGUCGCUCAUUAAUAACGCUCUGCAUUGCCUGGAGAAGGGAAUGGAGAACGACGGCGGUACCAUGUAUACGGCAGCUUUAUCUACCUACGCCUUAACGUUACUGGAACAUCCGAAAGCGAACGACAGCAUGGUAUCGCUUAUGAGACGUGCGACGCGGAACAAUGAUCUUCUCUGGUGGGAGGACACGCACAAACCGUCGCUAGGACUGAGCAUCGAAAUGACGGCGUACGCCGUGCUGUCGCUGGUGAAGUUAGGCGGCGAGAUGAACAUGGUCAUGGCGUUGAAGGCAGUCCGCUGGAUGUCGAAGCAGCGUAACGCCGCGGGCGGCUUCACGUCCACGCAGGACACCGUGCUCGGGCUGGAAGCGCUCACCAAGUACGCCGCCGUGAUGUCGAGCAACACCACGGACCUCUCGGUGCUCGUGACCGCCGGCGAGGUGGACCAGGUGUACAGAAUGCAUAACGACAAUCGCAUGGUCCUCACGCAGAUCCAUCUGCCCGUGCUACCGACGGCAGUCGAGAUCUUCGCCGAGGGUGAAGGCUGCGUUUUAGUACAGACCAAUAUGAAGUACAACGUUGCACACGUGACCGGCUCCGAAGCCUUCGAUCUCUCGGUUAACGCCGCUUCGCCCUCGAUGUGGCUGGACGAAUGCUCGGGGCAAAAAAUUACAAUUUGCACGCGAUAUAAGAUGGCAGAUGGGGAAAGUAACAUGGCAUUGCUAGAGAUCGGUAUGGUAAGCGGAUACGUCCCGGACCGUACGAGUCUUCAUUCUCUACUGGAGGAUCCGGCCACAAAAGUGAAACGUUUCGAGGACGAUCGCGGUAUCGUCACCAUUUACUUCGACAAGUUAAUGAAUCAAAAGACCUGUAUAUCGUUCACGGUGACCAGAGAAAAUAUCGUGGACAGGCUGGAACCAGCGAAUGUGAAACUUUAUGAUUAUUAUCAACAAGAGUUGUCGAUAUCUAGCAGCUAUAGUUUCGCGGCGACUUGCAGCAGUGCCAAUCCGAGUGAAGAAGUGGAGGUGCCCAAUCCGGUGCCGAUAGAAGUACAGGAAAUAGGCAAGGACACCGCGAAGAAAAAUAUCGUGGAAAAAGGGGAGAAUAAGGUCAAAAAAGUCCCGGCGAUCGAAGUCCCGAACGAUCGAAACGGGACUAUAGAACAGAUUAUAGGUAACGCGGCUCAGAAUCCUGUUCUAUCUCGACUAGAGCCGCAAACUGGUCUGGCCAAGAAACCCCGUGACAAAGUAACAAACGAGAAAUCGGUACAGUCUAGAAGCGAGGAUAACCCUCCGGUAAAAAAUUCCAAUCUCAAAGUAAAUAGCGACGAUAUCGAUACCGUUGCGAACGUUCAUGCAGCCAACAAUAACGGCAUCGCGUCCGUACCGCAAAGAGAAGCUGGAAGCGGUCAAACGCCGGACGAGCCGGACAUCAAUCUGAAUCCGGUGUUCGACAGGCUCGGGCCACCUAACAUAGAUCUCGAGGAUAUGGAGGCACCGUUCGCAACUUUUAACCGACCGGAUCAAGAUCCUUUCGCGACGGAUUUCGACGGGAACCCGCUCUUCGUCGUGGUCGACCACGAACUGGCGACUCCCGAGGGCGUCGAGGGCCCCGUGCCGGUUUCCGUGAAACCCGACAUCGUACAUUUCGACGGCAAUCCACUGUCGAAUGCGGCCAAUGAAACCGAUCAGAAACUGGAAGUGGAGCUGAGCAACACGGAAACGUUAUCGUCUCUUAGUUCGAACGAGUCUUGCCCCGUAUGCGCCGAUGAAUUACCGUCGAAUAUUAACGAUCUUUAUUGCUCCGCCAGUAGCGUUGCAAAGGCGGCGAUUAGACGAUUACGUAAGGCGAGACUUCUCUUAGAUAUGCAAUCGUCACGCGAAAUCACGCGUCUGCAUUCGACGAUCCCAUUCAUCUUAAGUCCCAAUUGUUCCUGCCCGCCUUUAGAUAAUCCUGGAAGUCUAGCACUAGUGAUGCACUUCGAGGACGGCGAAAACUUUGAAAAGCGCUCGCAUUAUCAAUACGUCUUAGACGAACAGGCUUCUAUAUACGGAUUACCGCCGAUUGGCGGUGUUCCACGUGAGAUAGCGGACGCUCGAGCAACGUGUGCGAAUCGAGAUAAUAGCACAUUUCUUAAUCUCCCUAUAGCUGACUGAUCUUCGGCGUUUCCGUCGAGAAUAUACUAAAUAUAAAUAUAGAAAUAAUGGAACACGUCAUGCAUCGCAAUCAGCGAAACUCAACGAAUCGAGAAAAGAAUUUGAUCGCUCUUUCAGGCGUACGAAAAUUAAAUAUACGCCCACUUAAAUCAGAAUAAGAUAUUUCGAAUAAAUCGAAUAAAUUUGUCGUUGUAAUUUGAAUCGUUGAUCUUAGCACGUCUGUAAUUUGAAGGUAAAUUUAACACACAGGGUAUUGUAUAAUCGAAUAUACACUCUCUCUGAACUUUCAUCGCAAAUCACUCUUCUGCAUCUCCCACCGUACACAUAUCUCGACAUCGCACAUUCUACAUUAAGUGUGUGCGAUGAGAAAACAUAAUACCUAUAGAAUAAAAUAAAGUGUCAUUUUUACAGCGAAAGUUGCGUUUUAUCGAUUAUAUUACGUUAUCGUUUAAUUCUCGUAAUUGUGAAUAGCAGAUAAUUAACGAGUUAAAUAAAUUGUAAAUAAAGCACAGCGAUUUAUGACAUAA